CGGAAUUGCUCUACAUCGCAAAGGAACAAGGUCGAAACACCGUCGCCUCUUGAUUUUACACACACACGGAUCACUUUUAUCACUCACGUAAUUUGGGAAAAUUUAGACGAUGAGGGAGAUGAGAUGAGACCAUGCGAGAUUCUCGAGGAGGAUCCUGAUUCUGAGGAAAGUAGUCAAGGGGACGAUGGAGUUUAUCACUCCAAGUACUUGACUCAUGUCGAUCCGGAAACUAGGAAUGUACCUAAACCUGCGCCCAAUUAUUCCACGUGGUAUAUGACAACCCAUCGGGCUGCAUCAACCUGCGCGAUAUUCAGCGGUGAUGGGAAAUAUGCGGCCACUGGGUCAGCAGAUGCUUCGCUGAAAGUUCUCGAUACGAGUAAAAUGAAUAGUCGUUCGGACGAAGAUCGACCCGUCAUCCGGACUCUAUACGAUCAUCUUGCGGGCGUAAACGACCUGUCGUUCCAUCCAAACGGACUUGUUCUCGCCUCGUGUUCUGACGACCAAAGCAUCAAGUUGUUUGAUCUGUCAAAACCCGGGGUCAAGAGAUCUUUUAGAUAUUUGCAGGACACGCAUAUCGUAAGGUCCAUAGCAUUUCAUCCGUCGGGAGAUUAUAUAUUAGCAGGAACCGAUCAUGAGUCAAUAAGGGCCUACGAUGUGAAGAAUUUUCAAUGUUUCACAGCGUCCACAGUACCGGCCGAUCUCCAUCGAGGUGGAAUAACAAAGGUUCGAUACUCUACCAAUGGGUCACAAUUUGUCACCUCGUCCACGGAUGGCAGCAUAAAGGUCUGGGAUGCAGUGAACGGGCGAUGCGUCACAACCAUCGAAAAUGCUCAUGACGGAACCAUAGUGUCAAGCGUAAAGUUUUCAAAAACCGGGAAAUACAUUCUCUCUGGCGGACGAGAUUCCGUGGCCAGAUUAUGGGAAGCCAUUAGUGGAAGAAUGGUGUUGCAAUAUGAGGGCGCCACACAUAAGAAUAAUACGUUGCAAACAACCUUUACCUACAACGAAGAUUAUGUCCUUAGUAGCGAUGAAGUGAAUAACACUAUCGUAUGCUGGGAUUCGCGUACCGGGAAAUGUCUUAAACGCUGGAGCGGACACGCUAACAUUAUUCGAUGCAUCGCAGCCUCACCGACCGAACCUGGAUUUAUUAGUUGCAG